UUGACUGGCAAAAGCCAAAAAUUGGACCAAACAAGCGUGUCCCAACCAGAUUUGUGUCCGCAACAUGUCAAUCCAUCUUCAUUGUUGACGAGCGAAACACGUCAUAAGAACUCGUCUCGGUCGCCGAUCGGCCAAUUUGAGCACGAGGGACGCAUCUUCGAAGCGCGACUGCCUCUUCUGCCGCCAGCCGACUUGUUUAACCAAUCAUUAGAUCAGUGGAAGAGAAUGGCAUCGUGCCGGUCGGGCCGAGCAGUGGCGAGAUGGCCAAGCUUCUGUCCCUGACUAAUGUCCGACAGGGCCGAGAUCGGCUUUGCGUCAUUUUGAUACUAAUUGGUCCUCAUCAAGUGUCUCUAGGGAAAUUCUCCGACAUAAUCCUACAUCUGAAGCCCCGGAGCCACCCUAGAACGGCUGCCGCUUCUCGGAGGGAAUGCCGACAAAAGUUAAGGGCCUCCUCAAAGGCCUGAAAUGUAUUUCGCAUAUAUUUGAAAACAAAAAGGAGGAAGAACUGCAGAUCGGGUUUCCCACGGAUGUAAAGCACGUCGCUCACAUCGGAGGGCAAGGCCCCUCCGCCAAUGCCCCGAGUUGGAUGAACGAGUUCGAUUCGACUCAGCAACUCACGUUGCAGCCGGUUGAUCCUCUGGGAGAGUCGGCAUUGGCAUCAGAUGACAUGAAGCAAACCGGGGCAGGAGGCCCGGACUUGCUCUUGCAAAACGUUAAGGAUGCACAGGACUCACCAAGACACCUACUAUCUACCGGCUUCGGCUCCCCUCUGAGCUCACCUUCCAAGCACGGCUCCAGUGUGUCGAAGCAUCUGAGGCGGCACCGCAAAUCAGCCGCGGCCUCUGAUGCCCCGCCUCAAGAAUCAUCGCGCUCCACCCGACAUUCUAGAAGGAAUCAGAACUUGGGUCUUGGGGUAGAGACACCCUCACAUGAUGCCGCCAUGGUGUCAAAACAAUCACGGAGGAGGAAAUCAAAGGGCUCAUCCGGUGGUGGGUCAACGAGAUUGAGAUCAAAAGGGCAAAGUCCUUCGAAUGAUGCAUCCUCAUUGACAGAGCAUGGAUCGGGGUCUGAACAUGGACAAGGACUAAAGAAGAUUCAGAGCCAUCUCAGCACAGUAACCGAAGUGACCGAAGAAGGGAAAGGGUGAAAUGUGAUUAGUGGUUAGUGUAUAUGCAAAUUAUAAAGACAUGAACAAAAUCUUCCAACACCA